AUGUCGACAACUACGAUGACUACCGCUCUUCCCGGCCGCAUCUUCUCACACGGCACUGACGUCCACUAUGGCGACUUCCGCGACGACCUCCUAAGGAAUGGCUUUGCAGUUGUCAAGGGUGCCGUCCCCAGAGACCGCGCGCUCAAGUACGCAGACGAGAUCUACGACUGGUUGGAGGAAUUCGGCCUGGGUUUCAACCGGCACGACCCAUCGACCAUCCACAAAGACCACCUGCCCGAUAUCAACGAGAAGGGCAUGUGUCUCGGCUACGCGAUCUCCCAUGAAUCCUUUACCUGGGCGGUGCGCCAAGAGCCUGGCGUGAUCGCAGCCUUUGAAAAGGUCUAUGAUACGCCCGACCUGAUCGUCUCCUUUGACUCGGUCAAUAUCGGGUUCCCAAACAGGACAGACAUCAAGCCAAACAAGCCCUGGCCGCAUCAGGAUCAGGAUCCCGAGAAACCCGGGUUCCGGUGUCUGCAGGGUCUGGUCAAUCUGUUGCCGAACGGGCCUGACGACGGAGGUUUGAUCGUCUGUAAAGGGGCGCAUCUUCUGAGUGAGGAGUUCCAUGAGGCGUUCAAGGAUGAGGAGCGGAUCUGGUCCUGGUACGAACGAUCUGUCUAUUCCUCGACGAAAGAGUGGUACGGGUUCACCGACGCCGGACUGCAGUGGCUCAGGGACAAGGGCUGUGAGUGGAUCAAGCUCACAGCUGAGCCUGGUGAUCUCCUGCUCUGGGACUCGCGCACGCCGCACUAUAACCUCUCCUCCAAGACCUCGCAGCCGCGGUUCGCCGUAUACACCUGCUACAUGCCCGUCGAAGACGCGACAACGAAACAGCUCCAGACCAAGAAGAUGGCGUUUGAAGAAACCAAAAUGACCACUCACUGGCCGAACGCGAUGCACGUUGUCGAUCUGCCUGUGCAUCGCAAUGGAGAGUUGGACCCUUAUGACCGGAAGAAGCCGCGCAAGCCGGUGCAGUUGACCGACAGGGGAUUCAAGCUGACGGGGAUUCCGUAUCUCGAGGCCCGUGCUUAG